AUGGAAAUGAAAUGUGCUGCCGACUACCCUGAAGUGGAUGUAAACGCACCUACAUGGAUUCGAAAGAUGCGCACCGUCUUCCGUCGCUUCGACUCACGCGGUCGUGGCGCUGUUGGUAUUGACGAGUUCCUCGACAUUGCCACCAACGUCCUCUCCGAAUUUCCAAAGAGUGAGAACUACUUCGGGGACCAGUUGGUGCAGGCUAUGAUCCAUCUCUGGUACGGUGUCAUCUGUACCGACGGACCGGAACACCAACGCACUGGGAUUGUGAUGCAUGAAAGUGACUUCAUCACGGCCAUGGGAAAGUGUAUUAAUGGACUGUUUAAGACUGAGUUCGUGCAGAACAUUGUGUCACCCCUCUUUGAUAUGGCUGAUGGAGACAAGGAUGGAUUCAUGCAACAGAAUGAGAUGAGUCAAGUGAUUGUCGCUUUCGGAGGGAAUCAAAAGGAGGCGGAACUUUUGUUCCGCAUUCUCGAUGCAGGCACCAAAAAGGGUGUCACCAAGGGUCAAUUUGAGGGCAUCCUUGCUGAGUACUUCUUCGAUGUGGGCAUAAAAGGCAAGACGGCGAAGCUUUUUGGUGCUCUCAUCAACUACAAACGACCUGAAGACUAUCCAGAGGUUGAAUGCGGCCCAGUGUGGGAGGGAAAGAUGAGAACCAUGUUCCGGAGACUGGACUUACACGGAUCGGGCAAGCUGCGUUGUCAUGACUUUAUUCAAAUUGGCAGAGCUCUGGCCCAGCGGAACCACCUGCCAAAGCACAAGGCGGACAAUGUGAUGCGUGCCAUGCUGGACAUCUGGGUGCACUACUUCUCUGUUGACAAAGAUGGCGCUCACUUCACAGAGCUCAUGGAAAAGGAUUUUAUCCACAAUCUUCGGUCGAUGAUUAAUGGCGAGUUUCGACACGCCAUCGACCAGUUCGGUUGGACGUUCUUCAAAGCCGUUGAGGUUGAAGGCACGGGCUUCAUUUCGAUGGCGGAGUACCGUAACUUGCAAGAGGCCUGGCGAGUUGGUCGCGCUGAGGCUGAGGGCAUGUUCAAGGUUUUGGACACUGAUAAAGAUGGCAAGAUAAGCAGUGAUGAAUAUCUCUCAGCAUGGUGUGAAUACUUCUUGGGAGAGGAUCCGGCCAGUCCUUACAAGACCUUCUUCGGUCCAGUAAUCUCGCAACACUCACGUAACUCUCUCGCUGAGUAA